GUAACCAGUUAACAUAACAAUGAAUGAUAGUAUAUUACGUACACAGUUAUGCACAUUUCUAAUAACUGGAUUCUCUUUUGAUACUGUGGGUAGUUGUUUUUAGAAAGAUUAAAAUGUCAAUUUUAACGAAUAAUCAAUUACUGCAAAAUGCAAACUGAAGUGCCCACAUUGCCUGAAUUGCAUCUGAAUAUUCAUGAAAAUGUGGAUAGAAAACAAAAUAACAUAGAAGAAAGUAAAAACUAUUCACUAUGUAGGAGUACAUGCCCAUCGUCAAAUAAAAAAUGUUUGCAUCCUUUGCUUGGAGAAUCAUAUAAAAAGAGCAUGCGAGUCUGUUCUAACAGUACAGUAUUAGCAAAAUCUGCAAAUAAAAAUACUCUUGCUCAAAGAGUUGUAUCUGCAAAAAUGCUUCGUAUUAAACAAUUGCAAAAUCAACUUGCUGAUGCACAUUAUCAUCUUAAUGAAUUGGCUAACGAAAACAGGUUAUUAAAAGCAUUGCAGAAGAGGCAAGAUUCUGCAUUAAGGCGUUAUGAAGGAACUACUGCUGAAUUACCAAAAAUUAUUAAUUCACAUCAUGAAGAGUUAAGAAUACUUCAAAUUAAACAUAAAAAAUUAAAAGCCUUACAUAAGAAAAACUCUGAUUUAUUGAAAGAAAAGGAAAAUGAAUUGCAUUCCUUGCAGACUCAAAAUAAACAUUUAUUACGACUCAGUAAAGAUCGAAACUUGGUAGAAAGAGAAAAAUUACAGAUGGAAAUUUCUGAUCUAAACAACAAAAUAAUGCAACAACAGGAAAAUAUACAGAUGUUACAAAGAAAAUUAGCCUUGGAAAGUAAAAGUUUGAAACAUCAAUUAUUUGUAGAAGUAUCUAAGCACAAACAAACACAGAAAAGUUUACAAGAAGCACUUGAAAAAGUGAAAGAUUUAGAACAUUUAAUAAGCAACAAAACAAGGAAACAAUUACUAAUUGAUAAGAAAGAUAAGAUUUUGGUAACUCAAUCACUUACAAAUUUGAGGAAUGUAAGUACCACAAGUUCAGUGCAGUUAAAUACAACCAACAUAUAUAAAAAACAUAAUGACGGACAAAAUGAUAACUUGGUAAAUCCUACACUAAGUACAUCUCAAUUAAAUGGUGAUAUAAUUAAUAACACUAUUAGCGGUAAAAAUGUAAAUCAACAAACAGACUUGCCUUAUUCAGAAACUAUGAUAGAUUCGAGACACACUCAUAAAUUACAUGUUCAAAAAAAGUCACACGAUAUGAAGUCUUCUUCAUUUGAUGAAUUGAUACCAAAGUUUAAAAAUCCAGGAUCAAAAUUAAAUAAAAAGGUUCGAAUUGCAUUAACUGAUGAGAAUGAUGUGACAAAUCAAAUAGAAUCAGAGAAUAAGUGCAAAAUAGAUGAAAAUUUAUAUGAAGUAUCUAAAGAACAGCAUGAACAAUUUGAUAAGUUUUCUGAUUAUACUAACAACGAACAUGAAAAUGAUGAAGAUAAAGAUAGGAAUUAUCAUUGGAUGAAUACAAUAAAAAAUUCUCAGGAUUUGUAUACACGGAUGAUUAAUAGCACAGAUCGUGAUCUAGUUUCUCAUAUAACAGACACUAAAGAAAGUGGAUCUAAUGUACAAUUUUCUGCUAAAAAAAUAUCUUAUAAUAAAAGUCCUCAAAAACAGGAUAAAAUUUUAAAACAGCAAGAUUAUGAUUAUCGAUAUAACUUUGAAACAAAUCAAGAACUUACUGAAGAUAGCUUUACUGUUAAAUUAAAAAAUGAUAAAUUUGACAAAAUAUACUCUGAUACUUAUUCAGAAGAUUUUACCACUAAUGAUACAACACACAACAUUGAUUUGUUACAAAACGAUAAUACUUAUGAGUAUUCAAACGAUUCUAAUAAAAAUGUAGAAAAUCUUUCAAUAAAAAAUACAAUAAACGAUCUUGAAUAUAAUUUAGACCACAUGCAUAUACAGGAUGAAAAAACCCAAUUGAUUAAUGAUCAUGAAAUCUUAAAUGAUUUGAAAUUGGACACCAAGCAUACCUACGAUGAAAAUAAAACAACGACUUCUAUGUCUUUGCAGCAAGAUGAAUCUGAAGGUAUAGAAAAAUAUUCAACAGUUCUUUCGGAGCUUGAUCAAGAAAUAAAAGAUUCAAAAAUUGAUAAAGAUUAUUCAUUAAUAUGUGACAAUAUUAGUUAUUCUAUUGAUAAGGUAAAAGAUGAACUACAACAGAAUAAUUAUGGUGAUCAACAUAAAUCAACAAACUCCAUAUCGGAGUAUGAAAGAACAAUGCCUAAUGGAUUCAAAGUGGAGUCUACUAAAGAAAUAAACAAUGAUGUUAAUAAUGCAUUACAAAUGAAUAAGAAAAAGAAGUCGCUAUCUAAUACUCAUAUAGGUCACAGCACUGGUAAAAGUUAUAGUAAUUCCAAUAAAGAAAGUGACUACAAAAUAGUUGAUAAGUCAAAAUCAAUUAAUUACAAUAAAGAAAAACUAUUAGCAACGAUGAAGGCAAUUGAUAAUAACGAAGAUAUUGAUUUUUUUAUUGAUCGGCAUUUUCCAAAACGUAAUUCUUUAAAUAGAUUUCAAAUAACAGAAAACCUAUUUCGUGGAUUACCUGCUCACAGCAAGGAAUCUAUAAUAUUAUAAAUGAUGUUUUUGAUAAUGUUAAUGUGGAUAAUAAAAUUAGCUUUACUUAAAAUCUUGUUAUAUCAAGUAUUGAUAUUACAA